AUGGAGAUGGAGGAAGAGGAAGAGAAGAAGAAAGAGAAGACAAAGGAGCCAAGAUGCAAUAAGAAAAAAAUAUCCGAAGAUCUCGCGACGAUGGAGACAACCCGACACACCGAAGCCGACUGGUCUUCCCCGGAUCAAAGUGUACCUCGGCUCGGUAGCGGAAAAACCGACUUCCCGUGGUAG